UUGUUUCCUGCUGCAGAUGAUCAAGUUGCGACUUUUGUUGCUUUUUUGACAAUUUCUACUUCCAUUUUCAAUCAAAUUCAUUUUGUUGACGAAAAUAUCCAAUUUGAGACGACGAACUACAAGAGAACUUUACCUGAUGAAGCUUUCGUGAUUGUUGAUGUCUUCCAACAGCUUAAUGGCUAUCUGACAAAACGUUCUCAAAACUUAUCAUUUUCAACAUCGAAAUCUGUACAAGGACAGCCGGGAUUACCUCAAAAGGAUGAAUCUUUCGUCUUCUCCAACACCUUGUGGUAA